GUUUUGGGUUUGUUGUCAACAAACAUCGACCUAGGCGGUCUGCUGUACUCGGGUACUGUGUGCACGCUUUUUAAAGAGCUCAAUGGCAGGGACGAAACUGGCAUCAUUUGAAUACGAAAUAUUUGGUAAAGUACAAGGAGUUUUCUUUAGGAAGAACACUCAGAAGACUGCGAAAUCUCUGGGGCUAGUGGGCUGGGUCAGGAACACAGAACAAAAGACGGUGGAGGGCGUGGCCCAGGGGGAGGAGGAAAAACUGGCGGAGAUGAAGAAAUGGUUACAAACAAAAGGUAGUCGAAAUUCAAGGAUUGACCGUGCUGUGUUCAAAAACGAAAAAUCUGUUUCAAACCUGGAAUUCAAAGACUUUGUGGUGCGGCACUAGCUGUACAGUGACAAAUCGAGUUGGUCU